CUGAAGAUAGAGAGAGAGAGGGAAUGAAAGCGAGCAGACCAGAAGAACAAGAGAAAGCAUGCCUGCAGGAGCUGAAUUGGAAGUUUUUGUCUUGUUUUCGGUGUUAGAAUCGUGACUUUUUUUUAUAAUCUUAAUUCUCUCUGAUGAUAAGUGGCUCCUACCUGGUCCGCCAUGAGCGCGUCUGCGGGGACUGGAGUGUUUGUGCUCUCCUUGAUGUCCAUCCCCAUCUGCUAUUCAUUUAAUGCCCUCAUUUACAGCAACAGUGCUGAAGCUUUUUUCUUCGCUGGGUGUUCAACAGUCCUCAUCCUGGCCAUUUCAGCUCGUUUUGUACUCAAGAAGAGGGCUCCAGUAGAUCCACUUUUCUAUGUGUAUGCAGUGUUCGCAUUCCUCAGUGUGGUAAAUCUGAUCAUUGGGCUGGAACAGGACAACAUCAUUGAUGGAUUUGUGACGUUUUACCUCAAAGAGGCAGAUCCACAUAUUAACACAGCACAUGGACACAUGAUCAGCUAUUGGGACGGCUGUGUGCAUUAUCUCAUCUAUCUGCUCAUGAUUGUUGCAAUUACUUGGGGGGACAGUUACCGAGCCAUUGGACUCUACUGGGUGGGAUCUUUUCUCAUGCGUGCCAUAGUCUACAUUCUUGGGAAUGCUGUGGGGAAAUAUGGGACCCAUGUUAGUCCUCUCUUCCUCCUCCACAUGCUAUAUAUCUCAGUGUCUGUCUGGGCCUGCUUCCGCACCUUCAGCCAGCCCUUGACACAGGAUGCUCAGUUUCCUAGCAUCCAGGAGGAGGAAAGAAAAGGUUUACUCCACAGACCUCUGGACCUACUGUUCAUCAUCUACCUCAUCCUUGCGUUUGCUUUCUGUGUCUUCAGAGGCCUGGUUGUUCUGGACUGUUCCAGCAAAUGGUGUCAAGUCUACACACAGCAGUAUGAGCCUUACCUAAAAGAUCCUUCAGCCUAUCCUAAAGUACAGAUGUUGCUGAGCAUGCUGUACUCUGGACCAUACUACAUCAUUACUCUCUAUGGGCUGAUGGUCCCAGGAUGUGAGUGGAUGCCAGAUCUGACUCUUGUUCAUUCUGGAGCACUGGCACAGGCCCAGUUCACUCAUAUUGGUGCAUCUCUUCACACACGGACGCCGUUUUCCUACAGAGUGCCUGCUGAUAGCCAGCCUGUCUUCUUGCUGGUCAAUGUCUUGUAUGCUCUAGUGCCUCAAGCUCUGUGCUACCGCUGCUGCUCUAGGCCUGCCUUCUUCCUCAGGCCAACGGCAGAAAAGAAGACUGAAUAAAAAAAGAAAGAGAGAGAGAGAUGCCUAAAUAAAAGGCUGUAAUACUUGCAAUGUACUGCUCUUUGUUGGCAGUCAUUAGCAGUUGCUAGUUGCUUUUUUGGAGCGUCCCCCUUUAACCUAAUCUCGCUGACCUGUGUCCCCACUGCUAUGAAUUAACCUGGAUGAGGGCUUAAGGAGGGUAUCUUAAGGAGUUUGAUACUGGAGUGUGUGUGUGUGUGUGUGUGUAAUGAUUUUUUUUAGCCUUCUUCCAGCACCUAGUGUAAAUAGCCUUUAGGUUGGGUAUAGGGCACAGUCAAUUGUAUAUUUUAUAUAAAUAGCAAGCGUAGGAAGGCACAAACAGUGUCACUGUAUGGAUAAUAGCACAUUUAGAAGUGUGAAUGGGAAUCAAACUACUUGACAAUAUUGGUCUUAUGUUUUGGGUAGUUGGUUACAAAAACUGCUUUUUUAUUGACACUGAGGUUUCUGUGCAGUGCUUUUUUGCUACUUGGUUGGCAAAUAAAGAAAUCCCUCAUAAGUGUCUGUGUGUUUCAUAUGAUUUAUUAUCAGUAUUAUUUAUAUGAUAGUUGGAUAGAUAUUUAACACUUUAAGGGCAUUUGGAAAACACAAACAUGUCUGUUAUAGUCAUAUUCAGAUUACAAAUGUAACAUGAAAAGGUACUAGGGAUACUGAGAUGGUUAGUUUUUUGAUACAGUUCUUUUACACUUCACAAGACAUUUUAAUUUAGUUUAGACUAAUAAUAUUACAAAAGUGUUGCUGUAUUUAAAAUAGGC